GGGGAAACGGAAGCGGAAGCGCCGCCAUCUCCUCGCACCAUUCGAGCAACAGCAGGGUCAGUACCGACGAUAUUUUACAAAGUAGCUCUGUCACAUUAUCAAAAGCAAUUAUAUGACACAAUAUAUAUUUUUAUGACAACAACGAGCUGGCUGGUGACAGUUGUUAAGGAAAAUUACCGUCGCGUGCCCCUUGUCACACACUCACGAGCGUCUUUUUAGUUAGCAUAGCGCAGCUCUCGGAUCUUUAAAUGAGUGUUUUUAAUUCAUUUCCGUGACAGACACAACAACAAUAACAUAUCCGUGUAUUCCCGUCCUCCCGUUCUCUCCGACAACUACUCGCUUUCUACCAGUCUGUUCGUGUUUGAGGGAGUGAACUGAAGCUCGGCGUCAUUAUUUCACCCCAGAUCUGUGAUACUGGGCCCCGAUGUGGCCGUGCGGAGGUUUGGAACAGUGGACAGGCUAAAAACUGAGAGCUCUGUGACCCUGACCUGAGAACGCACACAGAGAUAGACACAGAAGGGGGGAGAGAGAUCGACACUCCCAGAUUUUGCAGAACCUGAUAGUCAGCCUGUUGCCAUGUCGACAUCAUCGCUACGGCGGCAAGUGAAGAACAUCGUUCACAAUUACUCAGAGGCGGAGAUAAAGGUUAGAGAAGCGACCUCUAAUGACCCAUGGGGUCCCUCUAGCUCUCUGAUGUCAGAGAUUGCUGACCUGACAUACAAUGUAGUGGCCUUCUCAGAGAUUAUGAGCAUGGUCUGGAAGAGACUCAAUGACCAUGGCAAGAACUGGAGACAUGUGUAUAAAGCUAUGACCCUGAUGGAGUAUCUGAUAAAGACGGGUUCAGAACGAGUGGCACAGCAAUGCAGGGAAAACAUCUAUGCCGUUCAGACACUCAAAGACUUCCAGUACAUAGACAGAGAUGGCAAGGACCAGGGUGUGAAUGUACGCGAAAAAGCCAAGCAGCUGGUGACUCUGCUGAAAGACGAGGAGAGACUACGAGAGGAGAGAAUCCACGCACUCAAGACCAAAGAAAAGAUGGCACAAACCAGCAGUGCCUCUUCGGCCCCUUCUGCUCCUGCUUUAGGGGGAGGAUUGCAUGCGGGACCAGAUGCAGAGCAGGCGUGGCCCCAGAGCUCAGGAGAAGAGGACCUGCAGCUCCAGCUGGCACUGGCCAUGAGCAAGGAGGAGGCGGAGCAGACCAACUCUGACCCUCUCGAAGAUGCAGAGAUCCACUACGCACUCACACUCAGCCAGGAGACUCACCAAAAGGAGGAGCGUCUGCGCAGGGGAGACGACCUGAGGCUGCAGAUGGCCAUCGAGGAGAGUAAGAGGGAGAAAGCCAAGCCCGAGGAGUCGACUCUAAUGGAGUUGAGUUCGGUUGAUCCUUGGGCCGCCAAUGCAACGGCGGGCUCAGCGGGACCCUCUCCUCCCGCUUUGGCUCCGGCAUCCACUGCUGGGCCUUGGGGCCCGGCUGACCCGUGGGGAGCUGUUUCCCCCGCCUCUCCCCCGAGUGCUGACCCUUGGGGUGGAGCACCGGCAACAACAGCUCCAGACCCAUGGGCUGACACAUCCACUAGAGUGAACUCUGACCCCUGGGCAUCCACAGCUGUGACCCCUCCAAGUGCCGACCCUUGGGCUCAUUCAGUUGCUCCGGCCCCUGCCCCGCUCUCAGGGUCAACUGAUCCCUGGGCAGCGGAUGGUGUUGCCCCUGCCACUGAUGGUCUGACCUCUGACCCCUGGAGUGGCUCAGUUAAGCAAACUAAUGGCACAGCAGAUCUAGAGAGAAGAGGUUCCUUUGUUACAGGAGGCGAUGUAGGGGGUGGAGGGAGCACAGGAUCUCCAGUGCCCUUUGACCUUUCAUCGCUUGGUUCCUCCUUGCCCGUUCGAAAAACGCCAGAAUCAUUCUUGGGCCCUAAUGCUGCGCUUGUGGAUCUAGACUCGUUAGUAUCAUCGAAACCCAAACCUAAACAACCACCACCCAGCAUCAACAACCCCUUCCUACAGACUCAAGGUCCUUCCUCAACAGGCAUGGGUGUUACGCCGGGAAGUACCAUUUCCAGUAGAGGGGUCUCUCCGACCCCACCAUCCACUUCCAAUCCUUUUGGUGCAACCCCAAUGGCAUCUAUCUCCCCUCAACCCUCUUCGCUUGGUCUGAGCCAACUCCGUACAAGCCCUGUUCCUCCGAAUACUAUGCUGGGUCACAUGCCUCCACCAACAAUGGGAAUGGUUCAGCCGGGAAUGGGCAUGCCAGGAAUGGGGGUCCCUAUGGCGGCCCCUGGUAUGGGAAUGGGAUUGGUACAGUCCAGCCCAAUGGGCAUGCCUUUCGGUGGAAUAUCUCCCAUGGGUCCAGCAGGGAACCCCUUGCUGAUGGGCCCAGGAGGGCCUGUGCAGAUUUUGGGCGGGACAACGGGGGUGGGCGGAGUAAUGGGAACAGGGGGAUCUGUGGGAGGUGGAACCACGGGCACAAGCACCAAUCCUUUCCUUCUUUGAGAAAUUUUACUAAUCCCACGCGUCCUGUCCACAGAACCAGUUCAAACCUGCCCUACCAACACAAACAGUUUAUGUGUUCGACAUAAAUGUGUGUACAUCUCUAUAUUUAAAGAAAAAGUACAAGAUGUGUUAUUUUCUUCACAAAAAGCAUUUCAAUUUAUUUUACACAGUAUUUGAAGUCUAUUUAUUUCCCUCUUAGUUCUUUUCUUUUUUGACAGACAUGAGUAUGGAUCGUUGGCAGGGGUCAUUCAAUGAAUGCAGGCUGUUCAUAUUGUUAUAUUAAAAGGAAGUCUGUUAUUGCUUAAACCACAAAAUGAGAGGAGGAACACAAGCCACUAAUGAACUGAUAUCUGUGAAUCCUACACAUCUUUUCUCCCUCUCAUUGCUGAUGUAAGAGCCAGCGAGGUGCUGAUGAGAUGAAGGACGACUGUGCGACAGGCUCGAUCUAAAUGGAUUGAGAAAUACAACUUCAUCAUUUCAUUUACAACUGUAGUAAAAAAUCACCCAGUAGUUGUAUUACUUUUAAAUUAAUUUAAUGUGUAAUCUUGCGUAAUUUAUUUGUAUCUUUUAUGUCUCUGACUCCUGGGAACAAUUUAACCGAGGAAACCGCACUGGAAAUUGCCAUUUAAAGAAUGCCCGCUUGGUUUCCUGUGAAAUUUCAGUCCACGUGAUGUGGUUCUUGUACACUUCUGAGUUUCACAGGGGUGUGCAUGUGUUGUGAAGCGAGUCGGUAUGUAUGAAGUGUCCGGUCUUUUCACUCAGCUUACCAUUGUGCUUUGGUUGGGGUUUUAUCAGCAUCAUUUCACAGCGGUCAAUAUGUACAUCUGUUAUAAAGAUCCUUUAUUGCCAAUGA